ACAAUUCUGUCAUUUUCUCUCUCUAGAAAAUCAGUAUUUGCUUAAUUAUUAAUUCAAGAUCAUGUCUUCCUCUUCCGUCUGUAGAACUACAAGCCCUAAAAGUGACUACCACCACCAGCCAAUAUUUCCAAGAAACUGUAAGAUUCCAUACAUGCAUAUGUAGGAACAAUAAGGUAAGAGAGGCCAAGGAGAACAAACCCUUUUCUUUGAUUUCUUUUUCCUCGACAGCAACACUAGGAAUUUCUCAAGACUCAUUCCUGAAACCCAAACCCUAGAUUUCUCCUUUCCUCUAAAUUUCAGUCACAUUCUGAGGAUUCACGAGAAGAGAAAAUCUGGGUUUGUUUCAGAGUCCUCCAUUUUCUACGGAAAAUGUCUCAGCUCAAGCAAAUGUCCCAUCUUGACAACAUCCCUUCUACCCCAGGAAAGUUCAAGAUGGAAAAGAGGCUCAGGUGGCACUCCUCUCUGGCCAAGCUCACAUUUUGGUCCUUCGUUUUCUCGGGCUUGAUUUUCAUCUUUUUCUUCCGAUCGCCGUCAUCGUCAUCUCUGCCUUCCGAUUCCUCAAUCCGGUCCUUCCGGUCCUACAGUUGGGGCGGUCCUGCCUGGGAAAAGCGGGUCCGAUCAUCGGCCAAAGUGCGCGCUCGCAAUGGGAUCUCUGUGCUCGUCACCGGCGCUGCCGGAUUCGUUGGAACCCACGUCUCCGCCGCACUCAAGCGCCGCGGCGAUGGCGUUGUCGGGCUUGAUAACUUUAAUGACUACUAUGAUCCGUCCUUGAAACGUGCCCGGCAAGCUCUUCUUGAGCGUACCGGUGUGUUCAUUGUGGAGGGUGAUAUCAACGAUUCAGAGCUUCUCAAGAAGCUAUUUGACGUAGUUACAUUUACCCAUGUAAUGCAUUUGGCAGCUCAGGCUGGUGUUCGGUAUGCAAUGGAAAAUCCAAGCUCCUAUGUUCAUAGUAAUAUUGCUGGUCUUGUUAAUCUUCUUGAAGUCUGUAAAUCCGCGAACCCACAGCCUGCAAUUGUGUGGGCUUCUUCGAGUUCAGUGUAUGGACUCAAUACAAAAGUACCCUUCUCCGAGAGAGAUCGGACGGAUCAGCCUGCCAGUCUCUAUGCCGCCACCAAGAAGGCUGGCGAGGAGAUGGCCCAUACUUACAAUCAUAUAUAUGGCCUCUCGCUUACUGGGUUGCGGUUCUUUACCGUUUAUGGACCUUGGGGGAGACCUGAUAUGGCAUAUUUCUUUUUCACGCGGGAUAUUUUGAAGGAGAAAUCAAUUCCCAUCUUUGAGGCACCAAAUCAUGGCACAGUUGCCCGGGAUUUUACCUACAUUGAUGAUAUUGUGAAGGGGUGUGUGGCAGCAUUGGAUACCGCGGAAAAGAGCACUGGUAGUGGAGGGAAGAAGAAGGGGCCAGCCCAAUUGAGGGUUUUCAAUUUGGGCAACACAUCGCCAGUCCCAGUUACGGAUCUUGUGAACAUUUUGGAGAGGCUGUUGAAGGUGAAGGCAAAAAGGAAGAUGAUAAAGAUGCCAAGGAAUGGGGAUGUGCAGUUCACCCAUGCCAACAUCAGCCUGGCUCAAAGGGAGCUCGGGUAUAAGCCCACAACAGAUCUGCAGACAGGUUUGAAGAAAUUUGUUAAGUGGUACCUCAAUUACUAUUCGGCUGGGAAGAAGACUGCUCAUUAAAACAUUCUUUCAAUUGUGUGUAGCAUCUUGUUCAUUAUGAUUCUUGUGAUUGUUUAAAGUCUCUCUGUUCUUUGCCCAAUUAUCAUUUAUGGUCUUGUUAUAUAUUUACAUGUCUGUAUAAGUAGGAUAGAAGACGAAGUUCUGUGGUUGGUGGAUAUUGUUUUCUGACUACCUUCUGAGUCCUGAGCUAUAUCAAAACAAAACCACAUUCAUCAUUUUCUUUUCCUUGUUUUUCUUUUCUGGAGGGGCUGGGAGGUGGGGGAUGUAAUUUUUCUAGGUUCAGCAUUAUAGAAUUAAUACCUAAUAGAUCAUAUGCUCAUUGGUGGA